ACGAGAUGCCCAGCCCUGCCGCCACCCGUUGCUUGGUGCUCCUGCUCCUGCUACAAGCAGCGCUUGCCUUUCCCGACUACAAAGACCUUCGUGACUUGUACGAGCUGAUGGCCAAAGGCGAGCAGGAAAGUUCCGGCCACGCCAUGGAACGCAAGGCCGGCUAUACACCGAGUCUGCGCUUGCGGUUUGGACGCCGCUCCGAUCCGGCUUGGAACGAAGCGAGGACUUGGGACGGCCAGCGGACUGCCUGAGAGACGGGCCACAACAUUAAUUCCAUAUGCUUGAAAUAAACGCACGAUUCACUCCCGAAAAAA